UUUUAUAUGUAGAUUAUUAAGAAAUGCAGAAGGAGAAUUAUUAUAUGAUCAAAAAUUAAUAGAAACAUUAGAAAAUGCAAAACAGAUAUCACUUGAUUUAAGUGAUCAGUUGACAGUCAAUAAAAAAGCAGAAGUACAAAUAGAUACAGCUAGAGAGAUAUGCAAACUUAAUUCUGUCUGAGAAACACAAAUUAAUGUUUUCAUUUCAAAUAUGUGUAAAGCUAAUGGAAGAUCUUGGAUAUAUAAAUAAAGAAGAGUACAAUCUUUUUAUAACUGGUGGAAUUGUAACUGGGAAUAUUUAUGUAAUAAAUUUCGAAAAAUCCUAAUAGUUAGAUGUCUUCGCACUGAUCGUAUUAUACAAUGUAUUAAAGAUCUUAUAUCUUCAAAUCUAGGAAAUGAAUUUAUGGAACCAUGUUCUGAUAGUGCAUAUAAUUUUUCUUCACCGAUAAAGCCAUUAUUGUUUAUCCUGUCUUCACAAACUGAUCCAAUUAGCGUUUUUGAAAAAGAAGUUCAAAAUCAUCAGUUAAUUAAUUCAUAUGAAAUCUUAUCUAUGGACCAGAAUACAUUCUUAAUUGCUGAGCAGUUAAUUGAAGAAGGACUUAAAAUGGGUAAAUGGAUAUUUUUAACUAAUUGCCACAACUGUUUACAUUGGAUGCCUGAACUAAAUAAAAUAAUUGAGAAGUUGCCUGAAUCAAAAUAUCAUCAUCAUUUUCGUCUGUGGCUUAGUACAGUACCAUAUCCUGAUUUUCCCAUAUCUCUUCUUCAGAAAUGUGUCAAAAUCACAACAGAACAACCAAAGGGAAUCAAAAAUAAUAUGAGCCGAUUGUACUCAAAAUUUUCUGAAGCUCAGUUUGUUAAACCUGAAAAUAUUCAAGAUAGAUAUGCAACAUUACUAUUUUGUUUGACAGCAUUUCAUUGUAUAUUGAUUGAAAGAAGAUAUUUUAAAAACCUGGGUUGGAAUGUUCCUUAUAAAUUCAAUGAUUCUGAUUUUACAGUGGCUGAAUAUUUUUUGGCAUCAUGUCUUGAGAAAUAUGAAAGAACUUCAUGGGAUGCAUUGAAAUAUUUUAUAGAAGAAAUUGUAUAUGAAGGACAUGUGAUUGACGAAUGGGAUAAAAGACUAAUUCGUGUCUAUGCAAAUGAAUGUUUUUGUCCAUCGAUUUUUUCAGAAAAAGGUUUCAAAAUAUGCAAUUUAUUAGUUCCAAAUGUUGGUAAUUUAGCAUCUUAUGUAGCACAUGUUAAUUUUAUGCCACAUAUAGAAGACACUGAAAUUUUUGGUGUUCAUCCAAAUGCAACUAUUACUUUACAGAUCCAAGAUGGACUAUGUCUAUUAGACAAUUUAAUACAUAUUCAGCCUGAUAUUAAAAGUAUACAUCUAGGUGAUGAUAAAGAACAAUUGGUAAUAGAUAUGUGUACAGAUAUAUUAUGUAAGUUACCAGANGCCUCUUGUGUUCAUAAAUAG